AAUAGUUCUAGUUUGUUCUUGUACUAAGCGGAAUUUUUUCCGCAGGAAUAUAUUUAUAACGGUAAGAAAAUACGCUUGUGGAAGUGUAAUUCGUUUUGAAGAGAUGAAAUAUUGUGACGAAUCGGUGAGAAUUGUUUUUCAACCGGGUCGAAUUUUACACAAAACCAAAUGCCUUUUACUAUUCGAAAUCGACAGCAAUGUUCUGUUUUUGUAAAAUGAGGCAUGUUUUUGAACAAGGCUGUCUAAUGCCUAAUAUUUCUUCAACUGGAGGUAACAUGUAAAUAGUACGUUGUAAACAAUUUUUGCACCUGCAAAUUGAAACGACUUCAAUCGAUAAGCCUUUGAAAGGUUUUGGAAAUUAAGAAAAAGAAGUGACAAUUUUUUUUUUAUUAUUAUGAGUUGCGACAGCAAGGCAUGGCAUUGUUCCAAGCGCACUGAAAUUAUUGCUCUUUUAUUUUAGCUUUCAUUUUUUUCGGCAGCACAAGAUUGAAAGGUUUUAUUUAACUUAUAUUACGACCAAGAAAUGUUCAUGUUAAUGAGGAAAACUAAAUUUAGCGAAAGGGUUUUUUGACGUUUAAAAUUGUAACCUAGAGCAAUUUUUCUUUUACUGCAAUUUUAAAACAUUUUUAUUUAAUGGAAGUAUUGUUUCCUCUCCUUAAAGCACGUUUUAUUUUUUUUUGCACAAAGUCGUUGAGGACACAGCACAAUUAUUUUGAAAUUUAUUACGGUUGAGUUUUGCUUUCAUUGUUUGUCAUGUUCUACCUUGAAAAACAUCGAACUGUUCGUUUUUUUCACUGCCCUCCUGCUGUUUUAAAACCCUCCUAAUCAGUCCGUGAAACUGAAAAACAAGGCAUAUUAGUCCAAAAGCUGUCUGCAGCAGGUAGGACUGUAGAAUAAAAACAACAGAAAUAAACUUAUUUCAUGACGGCGAUGUUUUCAUCAAGACAGCUGGCUAAAGGCUAUUGGCACAGGAUGCUUAUUUGAAUAGAUCAGCGGACAAGGAAAGUAGAUUGUUUUAAUUUGACUCUUGAUUGGUAGAACGCGCUGGAAAGCUGGCUUUUUUAAAAGCUACUUCAGCUUAUGGAAAUUAAACAGUCGUGGGGUCUGUAGGAAGGAAAAAGUCGUGGAAAGUCUCAAAACGUGAGGAAAAAAAAAUGGGUUGCAGCCCUUCGCACGCUGUGAUCAUAAAUUCGUCACCGACGCACGAAACGAUAUGUUUACAACCCAGGAUAUACAUGGUUUCCGAAUCCACUCUCUGUCUUUUACAAGACGUAGGAGAGUUGAAGGUCUACAAUAUCGACGAAAGAAAUCCUCAAACCGCUAUUGAACGCUUUCGAGGCGCUCAAGAACAACUCCAAAAUCCAUUGAUGUUUCAUCCUCAUCUUAGCUCGCGGCAUAAGCGGAUAAGCGAAGGUGGCGAUUUGCAAUCGGCUGGUUCGACGAGCAUUGCAGGCGAUCCGCUCAGUGAGGAAAAUACAUUGGUUGGAGAAAUCGCUCCACACGACGAAGGUAGUGAGGUCUGCAGUGAAUCCAUCGAUAAAAUGUGCGACAAUACAAACCCACGGAUACAAACAGACUCUCCCGGAUCUCCAAAUGCACAUUCUGUAACUGUUGAAGUUUACAGUUACAAACAAAACUCAGAUGGACUGGAUGAACAAAGCCAAGCGAUGAACGGUAUUGAAACAAUGGAAAAUAUGGCGAAAGAGCCGAGCAUUGCUGUGAAACCUGGAACUUCGGGUGCUUUGAUAGAAAUAGGUUGUAUAUCUGAUGAGCGAGGCAACAUUGACGAAAGUUUUGACAGUGUGGAAAAUCACGAAAAGGCGAUCGUCGCGGUAAAUAAUGACGUUUUGGUUGCUGUAGCAGCAAACGAGAAAACUAAGACAAAUUCCGAGCAAGGUGUUAUUAGCGAGAGCUUUGAAAACGCAGAAAAUCUUGACAAGAACAUUAUCGCUGGAAACAGUGGUGCUGCAGUUACUGUAGAAGCCAUUGAAAGAAGACAAACAUUUCCUGAACAAGGUGGUAUUAGCGAGAGGCAUGCACUGCACGAGGAUGUUGUAGACAUGAGUAAUUCGGUCAACGAGCCGACAUUAAUCGCUUGGACAGAAGUUGCCGAUCAGUCGGCGCUGAUCACGGGAAAUGAAACGUGAUAGACAAAAGAAAAACGCAAAUUCGGAAAGCCAAAGAGUCGAAACGUCUCGUAGUUUUACGGCGGGUAAUUGAACAUCGUAUACAUGUGUAUAUUUCGUGUAGUGUUUUGUCCUAGGUAAGAUUUAAAUUGAAAAGGAAAAAAGGGGAAAAAGCGAGUAUGUAAAUGAAAAAAACUUGUCGCUUUUUAUACCUACAAUUGUGAAUGUUUAAAGUUUCUCAUUUCAGUCGAAUGCCCCAGAAACAAAAGUGGAAACAUGUAAAUUAUAUGAUAUGCACCCUCAUGUUGUCAUGUUCUUGAAGAUGAUCCUCAGGCAGAACAAAAUAUUUUCAAUCGCCAUGCCUACCAAUUAGCUUUACAUAAAAGAAAUUCGAUCGUUUUUAAUAAUUCGUCAGUGUGUGAUUACAGGAACAUCAAACGAACGCUUAAAAAAAAAAUGGUUUACGUGCAGCAAGCACUGAUGAAAUCAUGUUUUGAUUCGCGAUUAUCCUCAUCGUUGAUAAAAAAAGUAUUCAGUAACUGAUUCUGCGUGUGGCAUUACCGACAUUAGCUUCUGUUUCUCUCUCUUUUUAACGUAAAUUUUAUCACGGCAUGAGAAAUGGACAUGCACUCAAGUUUAGCUCCAUAGCAAAGCGUUGUUCUGCUUUCGAUGUCGUUUUCGCGUUUUAUUUCGAAAAGUGUGUACAAUUUAUGUCAUUUCCUUCACGGCGAGAAUGCAUAUUACGUAAUUUCCAAAGUAACCUCUUAAAACAUGUCUCAAAAACUGUUAUUUUUACUUUCGAUUUGCAACUUUGUUCAUCGCUCUAGUUUAUGAAUGUUUACUUUGGGGUGAAACAAUACAGUUACGAGGAGUUAUUUAGUUGUUUCCUCAGAAUUUUGAAUACAGGAUGCGGUUUUUAGCAAA